UCAAUCAACACCACUCAAGAGUACUCAAUACUCAAAAGCCUAAAUAACCCGGGGAAAAAAAAUUUAUGGGGGGCGGAGAGAUCAGUGGAGAAGUGAUCGGGAUAGACCUAGGCACCACCUUCUCAUGCGUCGCCGUCGCUCGAAAGGGCUACGCCGUCAAAAUCAUAACCAACGAUCAAGGCAAUCGAACCACCCCGUCCUAUGUAGCCUUCUCGCCUCCCGCCGCCGGUUAUACCGAGCGUCUCAUCGGCGAAUCCGCCAAGAAUCAGGCUGUACGCAACCCCCGACGAACAAUCUUGGACGUCAAACGUCUCAUCGGGAAAAAGUUCGACGACCCGGAAGUCCAGAACGAUCUCAAGUACUUGCCCUACCCCGUCGUCAACAGGGACGGAAAGCCUUGCGUCGAAGUCGAAGUUAAUGGCGGGCAGCUGAAAACCUUUACCCCGGAAGAAAUGAGCGCCAUGGUGCUGCUGAAAAUGAAGGAGACCGCGGAAUCGUACCUUGGGAAGGAAGUAAUCAACGCCGUGGUCACCGUCCCUGCCUACUUCAACGACUCCCAGAGGCAAGCGACCAAGGACGCUGGCAUCAUCGCUGGGCUCAACGUUGUACGGAUAAUCAACGAGCCGACGGCCGCCGCUCUAGCUUAUGGUGUGAAACAAGAUCCUAACACAAAGAGGAAUAUUCUCGUUUACGAUUUAGGUGGCGGGACGUUCGACGUCAGCGUUUUGGAGAUCAACAACGGCAUAUUUCAGGUACGGGCCACAGGGGGUGACACGCAUCUCGGUGGUCGAGAUUUCGACCAGAAUGUAAUAGAGUACUUUGUCGAUCUGAUUAGGAAGAGGUCCAUGAAAGAUGUUAGUGAAGACCCGAAAGCUAUGGCUAAACUGCGUAGGGAAUGCGAGAGGGCGAAAAAGGUACUGAGCACUCAGACGCAAACUACGGUGGAGAUUGAUUCCCUGAUACAAGGGAUGGACGACUUCUCCGAGCCAUUCACGAGAGCGAUGUUCGAGGAUUUGAAUAUGCAUCUCUUCAAGAGGACACUGGACGUGGUGAAGUCGACGCUGGUCGAUGCAAAACUGGAUAUGGACGAGAUCGACGAGAUUGUGUUGAUUGGGGGUAGCACUAGAAUUCCCCGGGUGAGGGAGAUGUUGAAGAAGGCGUUCGAUGGGAAGGAGCCGAGCAAAGGGAUCAAUCCCGACGAAGCUGUUGCUUAUGGUGCAGCUGUCUAUGGAGCCAGUCUCAAUGGCGACCAAGCCGGUGUUAUUCUAUUUGAUGUCAAUCCCUUGAGCUUGGGGAUCAGAAUCCUAAACAAUCUGAUGCAUGUAGUAGUACCCAGAAAUACUGUCAUUCCUACAAAGAAGUCACGCGCAGGAUUCGUACCCGCCAAACCUGUUCACGGACAGCGAACUAGUGUGUCUAUUCAGAUAUUCCAAGGUGAAAGAGCCCUGACCAAUGACUGCCUUCUGCUCGGAAGUUUUACGUUGACAGGCGUUCCAUCGGGAGGAAGGGGAGAAGGAGAACCAUCUAUUGAGGUGACAUUUGAAGUUGACGCGGAUGGAAUCUUAAGCGUGACGGCCAAGUAUGAAGUAUGGAGCAACCGGCGGCGGGAACUCUAAAACCCUCACCAUAGACAGCUACAAAAGGAAUUUGAAUUCGAGGGAGAUCAAGAGGAUGAUCAGAGAUAACAAAAGGAGACCAUGGUAAAAUGACGAUCUUUGGGUGUUUGAUCUCUAGUACAAACACAAACGACGACAUCAAGAUAACACGGGAACAGAAACUAAAAAUCAAGGGAGAAACUUUGACUGAUGACACACAGUGCUCAAGUUAGGUUACGUGUACAGUUUAAAGCAGGCAAAAUCUGUACUAUCUAGACAGAACCAGCAAAAUGAAGAGAAAUAUAAAGCGAUUACCUGCAAGGGAACGUGUACGGAAUUGGCCGGGGCUAAGCUCCUUUCACCUCUCUGUUACCCGCAUCCUCCCUGGCUACUAAUGUCGUCUUCCCUGUCGGUGCUUGACAUUUCCAGAGAAGGGGGUUGAGGAGACCCACCCCAAGCCGACUUAUUACUCCUUGGCCGCACGGAUGCAAAGGGAACAUAUGGUUAAACCUGCAACACAGAAGAAAAAACCCAUUCACUUUUCAUCCCCCGUGAUGGAUUAAUAGAAGUAUGCAACAUCAAUGGCUAAUAUCAAUGAGAAAUUUUAUGAAAUGCAUUCUGCUCUCUAGCUCUGAAAUCAUCAAUCCCCAGCACUUUUGUCCGUGUGAACUCACAAAUACGCAACUCAGCCUGCUGGAGAUGCUAAACAGUAUGCAGCAAGUUUUCAAGUAGUGAUAUCCCCCGCUAAAAUACAGAGGAUUCGGGAGAAAACAACAAAACUUAUGGGGGUUGUUUGGAUUAGGAAAUUUGAGGAGGGAUUUUGCCACAAUCCCUAGUCAUAAGGAAUUUGGUCACAAUUCUUUGUUUGGAUAGAAAAAUAAAAAUGAGAGAUUUAGGGGAUUAGGAAUUUCGAAAAUCCUACUAUUAGGAAAUUUAAAAUAACUGAUGGACCCCAGGUUUUUUGAAAUCUCUGCUCAUUUUUCCCAAACCUUCCCAAUAUAUCCUUCCUUAUUUUUUGUUAUUCCUUUCUUGCCCUCCCCUGAAUAGACGACCCUCCAGCCACCAUUUCCCAUCUCUCUUUCCCAUCUGCAUCCUUUCUUCCCUCCCGAUACCUGCAAGCAACUAAAAAACCUAGCGACGUCGGCGAUUGCAGCGGAGAUAAACCUCGCGACGUCGGCGACUGCAGCGGAGUUUUACCCGCCCCGAUCUACAGCGACGUCGGCGAUCCCCUUGAAGUGCGUCCGAUCUCCAUCUUCGAUCUCACCAGCUUCGCGUGGGAUCUGUGCUUCGCGCGCACGAGGGUAACAGGGUGGUGAAAUUCAGGGCUCGGCUUCCAGGUUCGUACUCCCUUCCUCCUUUCCCUCCCUAUGCUUGAACCGUUCUGGGUCGGGGCUCUGUUUUCUGGGUUUAUGUGAAUUAAGAGUUUGGGUUGAGGUGCGAAUGAUCUUCUUCCUCAUUUUGUUUGAAUAUAUGAAACUAGGGUUCUAUAUUGGUGUGAACUAAUGAAUCUUCUUCCUCAUUCUGUUUGAUUAAAGGAAACUAGGGUUCUUGAUUUGGGUUUAUGUAAAUAUAUGCUGGUGGUUAGUAUUGGGUUGGCAUUUGGCAAGGAGAAACAGUGGAGAACAAGUCAAUAGAGUAGUUGAUUGCCACCUUAACAGAUCUAAUGAAAAUGGAUGAAAAGUUAGCAAAAAUUUUCUCUUGUUUGCACAUGAGCAACGAGAAAUAGACGUCAAUUGCAGUGACCUGUUGGGUAGUUUUUUGCUUCUAACUUAUGGGCUAAAUCUAUAGGAAAUGUACAAGUUCCCCACACUGCAUACUUCCUGUCCAGCAGUGCAAUGAAUUGCUGUCUUGUUC